CCUCCUAUCCCUCCCUUUCGCUCUUCCCUCCAAAACCGCUCCUUUGUCCUCCUCGGUUCCCACCCUCCAAACCCCCACCUUUCCGCAGGACCAGACGGCGGGGAUCCGAUGGCCAUCAUGCCCCCACCACCUCGGAGCCACCAGAGCAGCACCGGCGGCGACGGCGACCUCCAGCCGGCGGAGCCCGACACCUUGGAGGCCCACACCACCUGGUACGAGUCCUCCUCCUCCCCGGCGCCCCCGCCCAAGAAGCCUUCUUCUUCUUCUUCUUCUUCUUCCGAUUCCCAUGACCGCCCCGUCCGCGUCUUCGCCGAUGGAAUCUACGAUCUCUUCCACUUCGGCCACGCUCGCGCCCUCGAGCAGGCCAAGAAUAUGUUCCCUAAUGCCUAUUUACUAGUUGGGUGCUGCAGUGAUGAAAUUACUCAUAGAUACAAAGGAAAAACUGUCAUGACGGAAGCUGAGCGUUAUGAGUCACUACGCCACUGCAAGUGGGUUGAUGAAGUUAUUCCUGAUGCUCCAUGGGUCAUUACCCAAGAGUUCAUUGACAAGCACAAAAUAGACUAUGUGGCUCAUGACUCCCUACCAUAUGCUGAUGCUAGUGGAGCUGGUAAAGAUGUCUAUGAGUUUGUCAAAGCAAUUGGAAAAUUUAAAGAAACAAAGCGUACAGAUGGCAUUUCAACAUCAGAUAUAAUCAUGAGGAUUGUUAAAGACUACAAUGAAUAUGUGAUGCGAAAUUUAGCUCGUGGAUACACAAGGAAGGACCUCGGUGUGAGCUAUGUGAAGGAGAAGCAAUUGCUAGUGAACAUGGGAAUAACAAAAUUGCGCGAGAAAGUGAAGGAACAUCAGGAAAAGUUACAUACAGUGGCAAAGACAGCGGGGACGCAUCACAGUGAGUGGGUGGAAAAUGCAGACCGCUGGGUUGCAGGCUUUCUCGAGAAGUUUGAGGAAGGGUGUCACAUUAUGGAAACUGCAAUUAAAGAUCGGAUUCAGGAGGGAUUGAAGAGGCAGUCAAGCAAAUAAAGGACUAGCCUUCUGGAAGAAUCAAUAGCCUCAAGAGGUUCUCUUUGAAAUUAAUCCUUACCCACAGGAAAAGUUAGAGAACUGAGAUGUGGGUAGUGUGGUGGCUAUUUUUUGUUCUCGUUUUCUUUUUAUACGUUGUUCUAUCCCCCUGCAAUAUCAGCCUGUCAGGUGGGAUCAGCAUCAUCCAUCAAAUAAUGGAGCAGCUGGUGCUGCUGUUGUUGCCAAUUCCAUCCAUUGCCUUGGUGUGCUACCACUGCUAAAGCAGUAGGAUAGAUGACUUAUCUCACAUGUUCAUCCAAGCAGAAAAUAAUGCAUUGUUGAUUAUUUUAUUUUCU